AAAACACGUCUACGUUUACGACAAAUGUCGUGCAUGUUUUGCAUUAAAAACAGUUCAUUAAAAAUCUUUUGGUGAAAUUAAAAUGGUUCAGACUAAUACCAUGGAAGGCUCUCUCUUUGAACCAACUCUGUACAUAAUAAAAGGAAUGUGUAUUCUGGACAACGAUGGGAACAGAAUUCUGGCAAAAUAUUACGAUAAAAAUGUGUUACCAACAGCUAAAGAACAGAAAGCAUUUGAAAAAAAUCUUUUCAAUAAGACACACAGAGCCAACGCAGAAAUAAUAAUGCUGGAAGGUCUUACCUGUGUUUAUAAGAGCAAUGUUGACUUAUUCUUCUAUGUAAUGGGCAGUUCACAUGAAAAUGAGUUGAUAUUACAAUCAGUUUUGAAUGCCCUGUACGAGUCGGUGAGCAUUUUGUUACGGAGAAAUGUUGAGAAAAGGGUGCUAUUAGAUAACUUGGAUGCAGUCAUGUUAGCCUUUGACGAGAUAUGCGAUGGAGGUGUUAUUCUGGACUCCGACCCCGGGUCAGUGGUGUCGCGCGCCGCCCUGCGUGCUGACGAUGUGCCGCUCGCCGAACAAACCGUUGCACAGGUACUACAAUCGGCGAAAGAGCAGUUGAAAUGGUCUCUUCUGAAAUGAUUUUUCAAUAUAUUACAAAAUGCUUAUUUAAGUCUUAUAUUAUAAUAUAUAUAAAGUACGUU